GCUGUUGUAAAAGGUUCACUAGAAAUGGUGGAAUAUCUUGUUGAGAAGAGCGCUGAUGUAAAUGCCAAGAAUACUCACGGGGAGACAGUGCUGCACUCUGCUGUUUCCGAGGGUACGUUAGAAAUAGUGAAAUAUCUUGUCGGAAAUGGUGCUGAUGUAAAUGGAAAAAAGAAUAGCGGAUGGACAGUCCUACACAGUGCUGUUGGAAAUAGCUUGCUAGAAAUUGUAGAAUAUCUUGUUAAGAAGGGCGUUGAUGUAAAUGCCAAGAAUAGUCACGGUGAGACAGUGCUGCACUAUGCUGUUUCUGAGGGUACGUUAGAAAUAGUGAAAUAUCUUGUGGGAAAUGGCGCUGAUGUAAAUGGAAAAAAGAAUAGCGGAUGGACAGUGCUGCACAGUGCAGUUGUAAAAGGUUCGCUAAAAAUGGUCGAAUAUCUUGUUGAGAAGGGCGCUAAUGGAAAUGCAAAGAAUACUCACGAGGAGACAGGCGCUGAUGUAAAUGCCAAGGAUACUCACGGGGAGACAGUGCUGCACUGUGCUGUUGCUGAAGGUUCGCUAGAAAUGGUGAAAUAUCUUGCGGGAAAUGGCGCUGAUGUACAUGGAAAAAAGAAUAGCGGAUGGACAGUGUUUCGCAGUGCCAUUAGAAAAGGUUCGUUAGAAAUGGUAGAAUAUUUUGUCAAAAAUGGCGCUGAUGUAAAUGCCAGGAAUACUCACGGGGAGACAGUGCUGCACUCUGCUGUUACUGAAGGUACCUUAGAAAUGGUAAAAUAUCUUCUUGAGAAGGGCGCUGAUGUAAAUGCCAAGGAUAAUGACGGGGAGACAGUGCUCAACUCUGCUGUUUCUGAAGGUACGCUUAAAAUGGUGAAAUAUCUUGUGGGAAAUGGCGCUGAUGUAAAUGGAAAAAAGAGUCACGGAUGGACAGUGCUGCACACUGCUGCUACUGAAGGUACUCUAGAAACGGUGAAAUAUCUUGUGGGAAAUGGCGCUGAUGUAAAUGGAAAAAAGAACAGCGGAUGGACAGUGUUGCACAGUGCUGUUGUAAAAGGUUCGCUAGAAAUGGUGAAAUAUCUUGUUGAGAAGGGCGCUGAUGUAAAUGCCAAGAAUACUCACGGGACAGGCGUUGAUGUAAAUGCGACGAAUACUCACGGGGAGACAGUGCUGCACUCUGCUAUUUCUGAAGGUACUCUAGAAAUGGUUAAAUAUCUUGUGGGAAAUGGCGCUGAUGUAAAUGUAACAAGGAAUAGCGGAUGGACAGUCCUGCACAGUGCUGUUGGAAAAGGUUCGCUAGAAAUGGUUAAAUAUCUUGUUAAAACGGGCGUUGAUGUAAAUGCCAAGAAUACUCACGGGGAGACAGCGCUGCACAGUGCUGUUGUAAAAGGUUCGCAAGAAAUGGUGGAAAGUCUUGUUGAGAAGGGCGCUGAUGUAAAUUGUAAGAAGACUAACGGGGAAACAGUGCUGCACACUGCUUUUUUUAAAGGUAGGCUAGAUAUAAUGAAAUAUCUUGUUGAGAAAGGCGCUGAUGUAAAUGCCAAGAAUACUCACGGGGAGACAGUGCUGAACUCUUCUGUUUCUGAAGUCCUGCACACUGCUGCUACUAAAGGUACGCUGGAAAUGGUAAAAUAUCUUGUUGAGAAGGGCGCUGAUGUAAAUGCUAAGAAUACUCACGGGGAGACAGUGCUGCACUAUGCUAUUUCUGAAGGUACGCUAGAAAUUGUGAAAUAUCUUGUGGGAUAUGGCGCUGAUUUAAGUGGAAAAAAUGAUAGCGAAUGGACAGUCUUGCACAGUGCGGUUGGAAAAGGUUCGCUAGAAAUGGUAAAAUAUCUUGUUGGGAAGGGCGCUGAUGUAAAUGGCAAGAAUGCUCACUGGGAGACAGUGCUGCACUCUGGUAUUUCUGAAUGUACGCUAGAAAUUGUGAAAUAUCUUGUGGGAUAUGCCGCUGAUGUAAAUGGAAAAAAUAAUAGCGAAUGGACAGUCCUGCACAAUGCUGUUAAUAAGGAGUGGCCAGAGAUGGUAAAAUACCUGGUUAAAAAUGGUGCUGAUGUAAAUCGUAAGGAUACUAACGGACGGACAGUACUGGAGAUUGCUGUUAAUAAGGAGUGGCUAGAGAUGGUAAAAUACCUUGUUCAAAAUGGCGCUGAUGUAAAUGGAACAGAUGCUGACGGGUGGAGAGUUUUGCAUUGUGCUAUUGCAGUUGGUAAAUUAGACGUUGUUCAAUAUCUCGUUGACCAAGGUGCUGAUGUAAAUAGCAUCAAUACUAACGGGGAGACAAUGCUGCACAGUGCUGUAAUAAUAGGUGAGCUAGAAAUAGCUUACUAUCUUGUUGAGAAGGGUGCUGACGUAAAUGCCCAGAGUAAUGACGGGAAGACAGUCCUGCACUCGGCUGUUAGUGAAAGUACGUUAGAAAUGGUAAAAUAUCUUGUUGAGAAGGGCGCGGAUGUAAAUGGCCAGGGUACUGUCGGGUGGACAGUGCUGCACGCUGCUGUUACAAAAUCUACAACAGAAGUUGUAAAAUAUCUAGUUGAAAAUGGCGCUGUUGUAAGGGGCAAGGACGGCUGGACAGUACUGCACUAUGCUGUUUCCCAUAGUUCAUUAGAUAUGGUAAAACAUCUUAUUGAACUGGGGGCAGAUGUAAAUGGCAAAAAGACCGAUGGUUGGACAGUGCUGCAUGAUGCUGUUACAAAAGGUACGCUGGAAAUGGUAAAAUAUCUUGUUGAAAUAGGCGCUAAUGUAAAUGCUAAGAAUACUCACGGGGAGACAGUGCUUCACGCUGCUGUUUCUAAAGGUACGCUAGAAAUGGUGGAAUAUCUUGUCGAGAACGGUGCUGAUGUAAAUGCCAAUAAUACCAACGGAGGGACAGUCUUGCAACAUGCUGUUCGUGUUGGUGAUUUAGGAACUGUCAAGUAUUUAGUUGAACAGGGUGCUGAUAUAACUGUUAGAGGUCCGUAA